AUGUAUCGCUUGUCGCUCGCGAAAGCAAAAGACCCGAAUGCUCCCGGUGUCAAGCGCUUGGCAUCAAAUGCACCUGGCCCACAGCCCGCAGACGGUCCCGCAAAGGGAUAUACCGAAGCACUUGAACGUCGACUGGGGGAUACAGAGUUAGCUUUGCUUCAACUCUUGCUCGUUUCCAAUCCAGAAACGAUUGAAAGUGCCUUCGAAUCAGACACGCUUGAAUUGGCACAGUCCAUCUGGGCUGACCGCCGGGCAAAAGCCGAAUCUGGGGAGGGCCUUCUCGAGGGCGAACGGGCAGAGGCAUCAUUAAUGGCACAGUGGGAUAAUACAUCUCUGAAAACUGCCGACGGGAUCAACGAGUGGGUCAACAGGAUGAGGGAUGGUGAGCCGGAAACAUCUGCCAAUAUCUCAGCAGACUUCAGGAAGAGCCAGCCAUUAUCUGUUGGCGGGCAAACUCUAGGGAAACUUCCACCUACUGCAAGCCAUCCAAACGGGGACGAGACUCGUAGACCAGUUGAAGUCUGCGCACUGCGACAGAUUGGCGUCCCAAUAUCGCAUAAUUCAGUUUCGUUUAGAUCAGACAAGAGAGAUCAUCCGGAAGAGAUUGUGGACAAACCUCCGGGUAAUAGAGACGGCGGAUCUGGUGUUCGCGGAAAGAUAGAUAUUCCUGCUGAGUUUCAAAGCCAAUUUUUGUGGUAG